AGCUGUAACUGUCGUACUGUCUCUUCCGUGCUUUGCUUUACUUAAUAUUCCGUAUUUUGUGCACGAUGCGGUUGAAUAUGAAGGUAACUGCGAUGAGUGUGUGCUUGUUGUGUUUCUAAAAAGAAAAGCUCGAAGCUGUAAAGCGGUAAAUCCUUUGAGUUAGAAACAUGGCGGAGUCGUCGCCUUUAUCAGGCGUUAAUGUUGUUUUGGUCAUGGCCUACGGCAGCUUGGUGUUUGUGUUGCUGUUUAUCUUCGUUAAGAGACAGAUCAUGCGUUUUGCAAUGAGAUCUCGAAGGGGCCCUCAUGCCCCAAUCGGGCACAACGCACCCAAGGGUCUGAAGGAGGACAUAGACUCCCAGCUGUCCAAGGUUCAGGAAAUCCGGUUCGAACCUCGUCUCCUGUCAGAAGAAGACGACCGACUCACACAGGGGUCACAGAUCAGUUGCUACAACUACCUGUACAGAAUGAAGGCUCUCGAUACCAUCCGUGACUCAGGAAUUCCUCUGCAGGACAUAAGCUGCAGCCCGAGCACCUUCACCGGACGCAGCUUCAGGAACUGGCUGAUGGAGCUGCGUAACUCCCACUCUCUGAUCAAGAGCAGCCGCAGCGCGCUGAUUGACCACCUACUGGAGGGUUACGACAGCGCCCGCCACGGCACUGGGGUGUUUGGGGAAGCAGAAUUUCGGGAGUACCAGCAGGCUCUGAGUGAACUAGCUGACGUGGUGAAGGCCUAUUCCAGCAGCACCAGUCUGGAUCAGCAUCACCAGUGUGCAGCCAAAGACCUGACCGGAUCUCCUCUCCGCAGCACUCCGUCCACCAUCCAGGUCACCUACCUUCCCUCCACCGGUCAGCGCAGUAAGAGGCCGAAACAUUUUCUGGAGCUCAAAAGCUUCAAAGACAAUUACAACACGCUGGAGAGCACCCUGUGAGCGGCACGCAGUGAGGACGUGGAAAAUAAAUACAGAAAUGGACAAAAAUAAAGCUGAGAAAGUGACCUGGUAUGUGCACACA